GUCAGAGCAACAGCUGAGUUAGUGAUACAGAAUGUCAAGCAGGCCUCUUAUCGAGCUAAUUUUGUGUUGAUACUGUACGAAUAGACUGCUGUAACACUAGUACUUCUAAGUAUGAACUGAAGUGUUUGUCUGCUUACUUAUAAAUUAAUGGCAAACAUAGAUGUUGGGAAUGCCGGGGAUCUUCAAUCUCAAAUCGAAGAGGUCGAGGCACUUUCCUCCAUAUACGGUGACGAAUGGUGUGUUAUUGAUGAAGCAGCAAGAGUAUUUUGUAUCAAAAUAACUGAUGAUAUAGACUAUCCAAAACUGAAAGCAUGUUUACAGAUCAUUCUCCCACAUGAUUACCCGAGUGCAGCGCCACCUGUCUACCAAAUAAAUGCAGCAUGGUUGCGAGGCCCUGAUAGAAAGACCCUGUCCAACAGCCUUGAGGAGCUCUAUGUGGAGAACACUGGGGAAAGCAUCCUCUACCUCUGGGUGGAGAAGAUCCGGGAGUUCCUCCUGGAGAAAUCCCAAAGCACAGACACAGUGGAGCAACCAGAGGUGAGAAAUAUGGCAACAGAGGAGGAGGAAGUGGCGGAUGAUGUAGAAAUCCCUGAUUACCGCACUCUGAAGCUGAACAAAGAGAAUGUACACCUCUUCGAAAAUCACUCAAGUGAUGAGGAACUACCUCCUAUAAAACUGGGGGAGACGAUAACAGAAAGACGCAGCACCUUCCAACCACACUUAGCCCCUGUGGUAACACCUAGACAGGUUAGAAUGGUUCUUGACAAGCUGUUUGAAAACAAGAAGAUUGCAAGUGCCACUCACAAUAUUUAUGCAUACAGGAUAUACUGUGAAGAAAAGCAGAGUUUCCUGCAGGACUGUGAGGAUGAUGGAGAGACCGCAGCGGGAGGACGAUUGCUUCACUUACUACAGAUCCUGGAUGUGCGGAAUGUGCUGGUGGUUGUGUCUCGCUGGUAUGGAGGGAUUCUACUGGGUCCAGACCGUUUCAAACAUAUCAACAACUCUGCCAGAAACAUCCUGGUCCAGGAGGGAUACACAUCCUCUGCGGUGAAAUAUAGAGCUCAGCGGAGCAUGACCCACCAUGCUGUGGUGAAGAUGGUGGCUGUGUGGGUGUUGGCCUUCCUUCUCUAUGGCCCUGCCAUUAUCUUCUGGGAGCUGGUUGUGGGUAAAAGCAUUGUCCCUCCCGACGAGUGUUUCGCUGAGUUCUACUGCACCUGGUACUUCCUACUCAGUGCCUCUACGUUUGAGUUCUUCACCCCCUUUAUCUCUGUGACCUUCUUCAACCUGUGCAUCUACCUGAAUAUCCAGAGGAGGAACAAGAGCAGGGCUAUCCGUAAGGAGGACACCAAGGCACACAGGGAGAGGGGCAGUGUCAGGGACGGGGGUGCUACCUUGUCUGUGUUUUUUGUCAAGACUCGCAAGGUAUCAUCGAGCGAGCCAACUGCUGUUUCAGAGGUGAUAGAGGAGGACGAGGAGCUGUCGCCAUCCUCCUGUGGGGAGCCCAGCAGCGGACACACCUUCAUUCAGAGAAAGAAGGGCCCUUCCUGCCGGAAAACUUCCAGGCUCCUCCAAUUCCAGGCCCCCACCGGGCCCUCCAGCAGGAGCUCAGAGGGCUCCCGCCUCUCCCGCGACAAGAAGAUUGCCAAGUCGCUGGCCAUUAUAGUGUGCAUUUUCGGGAUCUGCUGGGCACCUUACACCCUACUGAUGAUAAUAAGAGCGGCCUGUAGCGGGCGAUGUGUGGAGCACUACUGGUACGAGGUGACUUUUUGGCUCUUGUGGCUGAACUCUGGUAUUAACCCUUUCCUUUACCCUCUCUGCCACAGCAGCUUCCGAAGGGCUUUUGCUAAGAUACUGUGCCCCAAGCGUCAGUCUGUCCAACCUCACAUUGAGACCCAGUCUUGCUAGUGAUGCAACGUAUGGCUGGCUGGAAGUCACUGGAGUAAGAAGACUACUGCAAAUGGAUAUGGAUUUUUUGGAAUGUUGUGUACAUAGCUCAGCCAUGAAUAGGAGUGUGAAACCCUUUUUUAGAUACUCACUUUGGUCUUUGUUAAUCAAAUAUGAUAGAAAAAAUGUUAUUACUGAUAUCCCUGUUUUUUGUUUCAGACAAAUCAAAUCCUUCUAUGUGCCAAGUUUGAAACUUGCACUUAGAGGAUAAAACCAAGUGUUUGUAUUUACAUUUCAGAAGUGAAUCUACAUAUACUGUAAUAUUAAAAUACUACUUGUUGUAGAUAUAUUUGUUGUGUUGUUGCUAAUACAUUCUGGUGUGAAUAGCGUCGGUGCAGAUGCUCCUAGGACUGGGAGGAAAUCUCAAAUCUUAUCAGUGCUUCGUGUCUCUGCCAGUUAUAGAUCUGAAUGGUACUGGUAUACUUGUAAAUGUGCUAUGUAGAAAAAGAUUUUCACUGUUAUUUUCAGUGAAAUGUGAAAGAAUAGUUCAGUGUAAUACCAAAUCAAGUGUUCCUUGGUGUGUGUGAUUUCCAUGUGCUUACCCCUACUUCUACAACACUUUGUUGCGAACUUGGUGAUGACACAGAGGUAAUAUACAGAUGUAGGAUCUUAAUUUGAGCCAGUUUGCUACAGCAGGAAAAUAAUAAUGCAGCAACAGGAAAUGUGAAUGAUGAUGUAAAUUAUAAUUACUGGACAUUUUGGUAGGGGUUCAUACAUUUUUCAUAAGGGUAAAUCAAGUCUUAAAUUUCAAAGUGGAAAUGACAAACUUCAGAAGCCUUUUUAAACCUCCUGCAACAGGGUGAUCAAAUUAAGAUCCUACAUCUUUAUGUAAGAGGGGUCCAUCGAUAAAAUGAAAGGUGAUGAGUGACUAUCAGCCAUUAACCAUACAAUAUACUGGAUGUAGGUUAUCAACUACACAGCAGGGAGUGGAGAGAGUAAUACAAUGUUUGUGUGGCCAAAGGUUUCACAUUGUGGGACAUAUUUAAAGGUUGCUAUGGAGAAGUUUGGUUUGUGUUAGAGGAUUGUAACUUUAAGUUUCAGAUGUACUUCAUUGAUAUGAGGGAUCAUCUGCGAUAUAUUGCCUGUGUCAGUUUAUGGUACAAUGCUUUGGCACUGUGCAUCGCUAAUACUCAUAACAGAUCACUGUAGCAGAUUGUUUAUGAUAGGUCAAUGUACUGUCUUAGCAUCUAUUCAAAUAUUUGGCCGAGGCUACGAAUGCAGAGUUUUCGCCCCCGCCCUCUUCCUGCUCCUCUGGAAACAUAUUUCUCAAACGAAGGAUUCAAAUCACAUACCGUGCAUGUGUUAUUUUACACACACAUACACGUUUCUCUCUUUCCUCACUCACCCUUUUCUGAACCCUCAACCAAUUUGCCUAAUAUUAAUGAAUAGCUGAAAUAAAAACUCAGUGGAGAGUUGAACUAACAUUCCAAAAAUAUGAAGGCUACAACCUUCUGUCUGUCGCAAGACUGCUAGACUGCCUGUUGUGUCGUGCUUAUGGUUGCAACAGGCUAGACUGCCUGUUGUGUCGUGCUUAUGGUUGCAACAGGCUAGACUGCCUGUUGUGUCGUGCUUAUGGUUGCAACAGGCUAGACUGCCUGUUGUGUCGUGCUUAUGGUUGCAACAGGCUAGACUGCCUGUUGUGUCGUGCUUAUGGUUGCAACAGACUAGACUGCCUGUUGUGUCGUGCUUAUGGUUGCAACAGACUAGACUGCCUGUUGUGUCGUGCUUAUGGUUGCAACAGGCUAGACUGCCUGUUGUGUCGUGCUUAUGGUUGCAACAGGCUAGACUGCCUGUUGUGUCGUGCUUAUGGUUGCAACAGGCUAGACUGCCUGUUGUGUCGUGCUUAUGGUUGCAACAGACUAGACUGCCUGUUGUGUCGUGCUUAUGGUUGCAACAGGCUAGACUGCCUGUUGUGUCGUGCUUAUGGUUGCAACAGGCUAGACUGCCUGUUGUGUCGUGCUUAUGCAACAGAUGUGAAAUGGCUAGCUAGUUAGCGGGUACGCGCUAGUAGCGUUUCAAUCAGUUACGUCACUUGCUCUGAAACCUAUUAGUAGUGUUGCCCCUUGCUCUGCAAGGGCCGUGGCCUUUGUGGAGCGAUGGGUAACGAUGCUUCGUGGGCGACCGUUGUUGAUGUGUGCAGAAGGUCCCUGGUUCGCGCCCGUGUCGGGGCGAGGGGACGGUUUAAAGUUAUACUGUUACACUUAUGGUUGCAACAGGCUAGACUGGCUGUUGUGUCGUGCUUAUGGUUGCAACAGACUAGACUGCCUGUUGUGUCGUGCUUAUGGUUGCAACAGACUAGAAUGCCUGUUGUGUCGUGCUUAUGGUUGCAACAGGCUAGACUGCCUGUUGUGUCGUGCUUAUGGUUGCAACAGACUAGAAUGCCUGUUGUGUCGUGCUUAUGAUUGCAAUAGAGUACUGUUACAGAAGACAAAUAACUACAUUUGUUCGAACUGUCUUUCAUGUACAAGAGGCAGCGUAGUCACGGAGGGUGUGAGCACUGAGCAGCAGCUGAAAGGACUCGGAGGGAAGCGAAUCUUGCACGUGCAUAAAUCUCCUUAUCAAUAGCAAAAAAAAUGUGGGUUCCAGAAGAUCCGUAACCUAGCACAACAAAAUAUGUUGUUGUGAGCAUUUAAUCAUCCAACAAACUGUGACCACAGCCACAAGUAUAGUGUUUACAUUCUGCUGCUUUAUUUAAGAAUCAUUACUGACAGAAUGACUAUAAAAAAAGCCUGUCCCGCCAAAAUGGAAAGAGAGCUGAAAUUGGGUAUUUCCAGGAAGUAACAGUGCAGUCAACACAACACGAGUGUGAAAUAUCGUAAAAGUGAAUAAAACAUUUAUAUAAGGCCUGGAUCUUUUUCUUCAUGCACUACAGGGAUAUCUCAGAUACAUUGUUGUUGGAGAGAGAGAGCAUGUCAGUUCUCAAAUUGUUUGAGCUUGAUUACAUUUUUCUUUGACCUUGAUUACAAAAACAAUCUGCCACUUAAACCCAAGCCGUUGUGACAUUCACAAGAGUCACAAUGGCAUAUUUCCUCCCUUGGAGGAACCUAUUAAGUUGUGAAUACAAAUAUGUACAGUCAUAAGCUAUCCAAGAAAGAUUGAACAAUUAUUUUAACAUGAUCUAGUUUUUUGAAUCCCUCAGUCACAAUGAAAUGAAUUGAAAUGUAUGUAUGAUUGAUACCCAUGUAUUUCCUUCUAUUCAAAUAAGCAUCUUGGAGAGAUUUGGAGAAAAAAGAUUUUGGAAAAUAAGGAACAAAUAUUUAAAACAGUAUUAAAACAUUGAACUGUG